AUGGGUCUGUUCUCGCGCAAGGACAAGAGGCCCAAGGCCGCCGAGUCGGACGCACCACCACCUCGUGUGCUCGACUCCAAAUCAACCACCAGCGUGGGCUCGGGUUCUUCAAAGAGCAUCAAGUCCCCGUCCUCGAUCCCGUCCGGGCUCUACAACCGCACCCUAAACCGCACCUCGGGAGGCACCAACAUGACGCCCAACUCGGGCCCCGGAACGCCCGUCACACCGCUGCAUCUGCCCAAGAUCGACCUUCCCAAGCCGCCUGACCCAUCCCUCGACCCCGCCGGCUACCUGCGCAGCUUGGGCGCCGUCAGAGAGCGCUCAAAGGUCAUCUACGACAAGGCCAUCCGCAAUGACCUGAACCACUUCACCGUGGACAUGGGCAAGUUCCCAGACGUCGUCAGCUUUGUCUCCCAGAUCAUCAAGCGUGACUAUGAGGCACCUUUCAACACCAUCCCCGGCCACGGCCGCCACCAACACUUCUGCGUCGGCGGCCGCGACCGCAUCUCCCACCUCCUCUCGACCUUCCCCGAAGAUGUCGACAAUAUGGAGAAGUGCAGGCGCAUGAUCGACCUGUUCCUGGUCAGCGUCCUGCUCGACGCUGGUGCCGGUCUUCACUGGAGCUACAAGAGCGCAGAGAACGGCCGCGUGUACAGGAGAUCUGAGGGUCUGGCUGUUGCCAGCUUGGAAAUGUUCAAGACGGGCAUUUUCUCGAGUGCCAAGGACAACAAGUACCAAGUCGACAAGGGUGGUCUCGCCGCCCUGACAGUCGACAAGGUGGCCAAGGGCCUGCAGUCGGGCCCUGGCAACGAGCUGGCCGGCCUCGAGGGCCGGACGGAGCUGCUGGUGCGGUUGGGCAAGGCUUUGUCAGAGUCGCGCGAGUUCUUUGGCGAGGACGGCCGACCGGGCAACAUGGUGGACUACCUACUCACGCACCCGAGCACACAGGCGUCUAGCAUGCCCAUCGUGCUCCUCCCCGUGCUCUGGAAUGUUCUCAUGUCCGGGCUCGGGCCCAUCUGGCCGGCGAGCCGCACUGCAAUCAACGGCACCUCUCUCGGUGACGCGUGGCCCUGUUCCGCUAUGCCACAGGCCCCGGCGCGGGCCGUGGGCGAGUCUCCCACGAACCCGACCUUCAGUCCCUUCCCCGUCGGCCGCGGCUCAGGCGGCUCCUCCAAGUCGCACAGUCACGUAGAGCCGUGGGAGAGCAUCCUGCCUUUUCACAAGCUGACGCAGUGGCUCACGUACUCGCUCAUGCAGCCCAUGCAAUCGCUGCUCAGCAUGCACUUUGUCGGCACCGAGCUGCUGACGGGCCUGCCCGAGUACCGCAACGGCGGGCUCUUUAUCGACCUCGGAGUCUUGACUCUCAAGCGCGAGGAUCACGAGAGGGGACUGCAGCACUAUACCGACUACUGUCGCAGGACAGGGUCCAAGGGGGUUGAGGUCGCGCCAAUGUUCGAGCCCAGCGAUGAUGUCAUCGUUGAAUGGCGUGGCGUCACCGUCGGGUUCCUGGACCGGCUCUGUGCCGACGUCAAUGUCGCGCUGAAGAAGGAGCUUGCCGGCAACGAGCUGACACUGGCGCAGCUGCUAGAGGCUGGUAGCUGGAAGGGCGGACGUGAAAUCGCCGAGGUCAGCAGGCCAAAUACCAAGGAGCCGCCUAUUCUCAUUGAUAGCGACGGCACGGUCUUCUAA